UUGAUAUGUACCUAGUGAUGUCACAAACAUGGUAACUAGGGUCAUGCAAAGAUAUAAAUACUGCUGAUAACAAGUGGCUUGAAGCAAAGCAAGAGACUUCAAAAUGAAGAAAACAAAAUAUUUUCUCAUUGCAACCCUUGUGAUUUUCACUUUUGCUGGUAUGUCCGUUGAUAGUCAGACUAUUGAAGAAACAGAACAACUGACAUGUGAUAAUUACAAUUUGCCAGCAUGUCCAAUGAAUUAUGCUCCCGUCUGUGGCACGGAUGGUAAUACCUACCCAAAUGAGUGUGUGCUGUGCUUUCAGAUCAAGCAACGUCAGACCAACAUUCGUAUAAGUAGACGAGGAGUUUGCUGAUUUACACAUUUCAACACCAGAAGGAAAAGUGCAUUUUUUGCAAAUGCAAUGACAAACUUGUUCAUAAAAUCAACAGCAUAAUUAAUUACCAUGUCUUGAUUUUAUUUCCACUCACUUGAAAACCAGUAUAAUAAUCUGGAUAGUUUAAAUUUGUUUAAAAUUGAUCUUUUUACAUAAAAAGCAAUGCCAUUGAUUCCA